GCAGGACCACUGGCUGGGCGCAGCCCUACUUCCUGCCCGAGGGGAGGGCGGGGCGUUGGGUCUCCCUGGAGACGGCGUCCCCUAGCAACCUGGAGGGCGUUGAGCCGAGCGGCUGCCGACAUGGACGCGGACAGUCUCCUGCUGUCCCUGGAGCUGGCGUCCGGCAGCGGGCAGGGCCUCAGCCCGGACCGUCGGGCCUCGCUGCUCACGUCCCUUUUGCUGGUUAAGCGCGACUAUCGCUACAGUCGGGUGCUCUUCUGGGGCCGCAUCCUCGGCCUCGUGGCCGAUUACUACAUCGCGCAGGGCCUGAGUGAGGACCACCUCGCACCGCGCAAGACACUGUACAGCCUGAACUGCAUGGAGUGGAGCCUCUUGCCUCCUGCCACAGAAGAGAUGAUGACGCAGACGUCUGUGGUGAAGGGCCGCUUCAUGGGGGACCCCUCCCAUGAAUAUGAAUACACCGAGCUGCAGAAGACGAACGAUGGGGAUAAGGUCUUUGAAGAAGAAAUAGUGAUCCGGAUCAAGGAGGAGACCCGCCUGGUGUCCAUCAUUGACCAGAUCGACAAGGCGGUGGCCAUUAUCCCCCGAGGCGCCCUCUUUAAGAGCCCUUUUGGACCCACCCAUGUCAAUCGGACCUUUGAAGGACUGACCUUGUCGGAAGCGAAGAAGCUCAGUUCCUACUUCCACUUCAGGGAGCCAGUUGACCUGAAGAACAAGACCUUGCUUGAGAAGGCAGACCUAGACCCCUCCCUGGACUUCAUGGACUCCUUGGAGCAUGACAUCCCCAAAGGGUCCUGGAGCAUCCAGAUGGAGCGAGGCAACGCCCUGGUGGUGCUGCGCAGCCUGCUCUGGCCAGGCCUCACCUUCUACCACGCUCCGGGCACCAAGAACUGUGGCUACAUCUAUGUGGGCACUGGUGAGAAGAACAUGGACUUGCCCUUCAUGCUGUAGGAGGGGCCCGCCAGGGACUUCGUAUGUAGAGCAUCAACAUUAUUUUCAUACGUU